CGGGGUUUUGAGUGUGGGGUUCGGGCCGAUUAUUGCUUGCGUUCUGUGCGCCGCGUGCUUUUUUGCGAACGCACGGCACGGGGCCUGGGCUCCCCGUGGCGGCGCUGUCAGGAGGUGGGGCGAGCUGGGGGCGUGGCCUCGGGGCGGUGUCUCCAGUGCGCAUGGGCCGACGUCUUCCUCCGCUCUGACUGACACCUUCAUUUUCCGCCGCUGUCCGAAACCGUUGCGAAGGCCGUUAGCUGAGCGCUACUACCUGAGGUCCGCCGGUUGCCGACAUGUCUGACAAAAAACAUUCCCUGAGGGGAGGCAUAGAGGAAGGAGAGGAGCGCGUGGUGAACAUCACCAAGAGAGCGUCCUCGGUGAAGCAGGCGGAGGAGGCGGCAGAACUGAUGAAGGUGGAAGUGGUGAAGGGGGCCGAUGGCUGCUCUGAAGGCUGCUCUGACGACCUCAACUGUGGAGACGCCGACAUCGAUCCGAAUCUCCUAGGGCUUGAGGCCGACGAGGAAAAGUGUCGGAAUAUCCGCAAGCAGUACUGGCAGCUCAUCAGUAACGUCCAGCAGAACCGUGAAGACAUAGUGAACACGACGAACAGCUCGUUAAACGAGGCCCUUGAAGAAGCCAAUACCCUGUUUGAUGAAGUGAGCCGAACGAGGGAAGCGGCUCUCGACGCCCAGUUUCUUGUUCUGGCUUCCGAUUUGGGUAAAGAAAAGGCACAGCAGCUGAACUCUGAUAUGCGCUGCUUUAAUCAAGUAGCCUUUUGUGACUUGCUCUGUAUAUUUGUGGGACUAAACUUGAUGGAAGAGAAUGAACAUGACGAGUCGAGUGGUUGUGAUGCUAAUAUAGCGCUUUCCUUCUGGGAGACGAUACAGAAGGAAGCAACAUCCUGGACAUUUCAAGCUGAGACGUUCCACUUUAUUUUUGGUUCGUUCAAGGUGGAGCCUUCUGCGCGAAAGUCCCGGCGUGAACACCAGAAAACUCACAGAAUGGAAGAUAAUAGGGCUAUGCCUAUAAAGCUGAGGAAGUUGGACCUGAGUAAUAACCAAGAAGGGACAGAGAAAGAAGUAGAAAGAAUCCUGGGACUGCUGCAAAUGUACUUUCGAAAGUAUCCUGAUACUCCCAUGUCCUAUUUUGAGUUUGUGAUUGAUCCAAACUCUUUUUCUCGUACUGUGGAGAAUAUAUUUUAUGUUUCUUUCAUUAUAAGGGAUGGUUUUGCAAGAAUAAGGCUUGACCAAGACAGGCUGCCAAUAUUAGAGCCAAUUAAUAACCAGAUGAGUGAGGGAAAUGAUUCCAGUUCCUAUGGCAGGAAACAAGGAGUUAUAUCUUUGAGUUUACAGGACUGGAGAAAUAUUGUGGCGACUUUUGAAAUUUCAGAGGCUAUGAUCACAGACUCAUGUUAAAUAUUUUUGUUGUUAGUAUAGGAUGCAUCUUGUGGCUUUUCUAAAGUAUCUCAAAAUGGAGCGUGAAAUCCAAACAGAAGCACAUAUCGUUAUCUCUUGUAAAGUGAAAAAGUAUUUUCAAGAACGUCAGAAAUUGUUUUACUGUGCAGUAUAAUUUUCUUGGUAGUUUAUAAGGUUGUCAAGACCUUCCGUUAUUAAAAAAAAUUUACUGGCAUUGUUCAUGGACAAAUUUUUUCAAAUGUCCUUUAAGACUGUUAAUAAAAAUCUGAAUUUCAUAAGGUAAAAGGUAUUUGAUAAUUUGUAAAAAAAAGUUAGUUCUGGUGCCCUGUGAUAACUGUGUUCCUCUGUUACAUGGAACCAAGGGAAUCCCAUAUGGGGCUCCUAACCAGGUUGGGAAAGAGUGGGUGAAAAAAUGGUAAAGAAAGACCAUCCAUAGGGCAAUGAAUAUGCAACAUUAAUACUGUACAAAAAAAUUAAGUUACCUUGCUUCAUUGCAGAGAGGAUUCAGAUUAAUGCGUGGGUGUCCAUAUUCUAAAUAAUUUCUCCUGUGAUUAGACUCAACAAAAGUAGAGCAUCUACUGUAGUAGAGGAGGCAUCAGCUAAGUGCUGAAAAGUCAGUAGGAAUUGGUCAAAUAUAGGAACGCUAUUCUAGGCAGGGGAUAUGGAGGCCAAAUAUAGGGAUUGUGAGAAGUUAUGGCACCAGAGAACCACAAAAUUUUUUGAAAGCUAUUCCAUUUGAAUGUUAAACUGGGCAAAAACUGAAUUACCUUGUGUGUUAGUCUCCUCAGAGGUAGAAGAUAUUUUUGUCAGAUUCUU